GAAGAGGAGCACGUGCAUCAGAGAACAAAUGCAUGUUAAUUACGUCACCCAAAUUAUUUAGAAAGGGAAGCGAGCUUGGGCAGGACACAUCACAACUAAAAUGGACGGAUGUCCCGAUGGUCAAGAAUAAUAACGGAGUGGCAGCCAAGGAAUGGAACGCGUUCGAGAGGGCUGACGACCGAGGAGAUGGAACGGUGCAAUUAGUUCGUGUGCACAUGCUAGGUGGGUGAUGACAUCGAAUGGUCGUGUCAGGUGGCAGCCCCUUGGAGAGGUCUUCAUCCAGCAGCAGAUUGAUCGUGGUUGAUGAUGGCAGUCAGCUGGCUGCAUUUCAGGCUUUCGCCACGCCUCCCACACCCCUCCGCCCCACCGGCCCUAAUGCGCCUCUAUAUAACCCACGACACACGAGACGUCCACCACACUCUUGUGCAAAAGAACAAGAGGCGUUCGCGAUGAAGCUGCUGCUGCUGUGCACCGUGGCGGUCGUUGCGUGCUGCGUGUGCGCACACGAGGACUGCUGCCUCAAGGGAAGGUCGCACAAGCCCGAGCCGGGACCCGAGCCCGACAUGCACGCGUGCCAGAUCUACAAAAGCAAGGCAUGUUGUACCGCAGCCUUCACCACGCAACUGGAGCCGACCACCAUUAGCCGAGUUGAGGACACCUACUGGAACCUGUGCGGCAACCUGAGCACCAAGUGCCAGGCUUUCAUGAAGCGCAACGAGUGCUUCUACCGCUGCUCGCCGCACGCUGCCGACUGGAUGAACCCUUCCUACAAGAGUGGCCUGCUUCAUGUGCCCAUUUGCUCCAGCUACUGCAGUGACUGGUAUGAAGCGUGUCGGAGCGACCUGACCUGCGCCCGUAACUGGAUGGAAAACUUCAGCUGGAAUGUGACCAACAGCUGCCGCAACAGCUGCAUUCCGUUCAGCGAGAUGUACUCCAACAGCACAGACCUUUGUGAGAGCAUGUGGGGAGUCUCCUACCAAGUAGCACCCGAGGGCAAGCCUUGCCUCUACAUCGGAAACGAGACGAGCCCAGACGUGGAGGGCGCCCUGGCUCAUGAGAAUAGUGGCGAGAACUCCUCGGCGGACAAGACAGAGAGCUCCGAGGAGCACAAGCAGCUGGCGCGCGAGCUGAAGCAUAAACACCCAAACCGGCGCCACUAUCCGAACUGCCGUAAGGCCAAGAGCAAGGAGAGCAAGGAGAGUGCCGAAAAAGAAAAGGAGCCGAAGAGGAGCAGGAGAUCUCUCCAGUCCACUCUGCAGUUCAUGGAGGAGCUGGAGGGCAGCAGCAGCGGCAUUCCAGACAGCCCGGUGGAGUAAUCGAGAGCAGAUGUCGUCAAUGCCACACCUUUGGGUAGAGUUAGUGAUGGUGUUAUUGGGUAGCCCAAUUCUUUGAAGUGAUGUUGACACAAUGUUUAUGAACGAGCCCAAUUUAAAGGGGGGAUGGAGGGAUAUAAAGGAACCACAAACUACACUUGGUGUGAAGUUAAACUGACAUUGAACAAAACAUGAAGAGAUGCAUUGGUAGCGGUGCACAAGCACAAAUAAACAAAACUCAACAAGUUUGUCAUUAGCAUUGCCUCUAACAGGAUGAUACAAAGUAUGUUGAUCUUUUGGGCAACGGUCCUUCUUCAGCAACGGUCCCACUCUGAAAAAGUGCCAUUGCAGAGGCAGAUGGUCCUGAAAUAAAGCUUUUAAAAAAAAAUAGGGCCCUCAACAUUAAUUAAAGCAAUUACAUGUAAUUUCUGUUAAAUAUAUAGAUUUUCCAAUUUCAGCCUCCCCCAUCCACUUUGAUCAGCUACUGGACCUUGGCACAAAACUUCACCCACAUGUACAGUUCUCUGUUGUAAGGCAGACUUCGUGACAAAUGUGGAAAGGCUUUUAAAAAAUUUACCCUGACAUUCCAAGAGUUGAGAAUAGGUUUUUCCCCUUUUAUCUGGCAACAAAGGACGCCAAAAGGCAUACAGCGUCCUCUGGUCUAACACCGUUUGAGACGAGGCUCAAAAGAAAGCUGUCUCUGGUGUGGACCAAUCAGUUUCAAAGGCAAUGCAUAUAUUAUCAGUGUUUUUUGUUUGCAUUUUGACCACAAGCAUUGUGGUUAAUGCAGACAUGAUUCCUUGUAAAAGGUUUCAGUUUGGUAUUUUAACAACUUAACACCUGUUUUGUUGCCAGAUAAAAGGGGAAAAACCUAUUUUCAUAUUUUGGUACUGGCAAAGGAGGUCCAAUGAUUUGAAGGGUUGUCGAGCAACACUGGCCGACAUGUGUGAACAUAAUAUAUAUUUCACUGCACUUAUAUUGAGGCACCAUGAUCAUUUCAGUGCAUGUCAGCUUACAAUAAAUUGAAGAUAUUUUUUUCAUAUGCUUUGAUAUUGAAUUAAAUUCUUAACAGCAAUUAAUAGGUGUUUUCCAUCUCAGAGUCAUACAAAUGAGUUUGAAAAUUAAAAUGGCACAAUUAUGAAGAAGCGUUGAUUUCUGGAGGCAAUAUAAUUACGUUAAAAUCUCAAGUAUCGAACAAUAUAUUUGAAAUGGGGGAGGGGCAGUUUGACCAUACUUCACCAUGCUGGUAGUUGUGGGUUGACGAUAUGCAAAAUAUCCAUGAAAUAAUCAUUACAAUACAUGCUUCUAAUAAACAUACUACUAUCGUGAAAACGUUUAAUAUUGAUUUUUUUUUUUACAUUUCAAUGGUAUUAUGAAAGAGCAUUUUUAUGCAAUUCUUUGCAGUGGGUGCCCUGGUUUAGUAUAAUUUAUAUUUCGCAGGGGUGUCAUUUUAAACCCUAUAAUGCACAUACGCAAAGAUUAAACAUCAAAAAGAAAUGCCAAGACCUCACAUGGGAACGCAUGUAAUAUGUUUAAUGCCAAUAAUAAAUGUGGGUCAUAUUAAAAUUUGACAUUUA